AUGACAGAAAGCGCGAGAACAUCGAAGUGUUCAAAGUCAGCGUCAGAAGGUGAUUUAGCUGAUGUCGAAGAAGGAAUUGCCACAGAUAUAAAUAUAGACGCUAGUGAUUUAUUAACCGACAGUGCGAAAAUACAUACGUUACCUUCUGGUUUUUUCACCCUACCAAGAUUGAUGAGUGGUCGGAAACGAGGAAAGAAAAAAAAAGACAAAGAAGAAGUAUCACAGUCUCUUACUAAAAGUAAAACAGAACCCGAAUCUUUAAAAACUACGAAGACUAAGAGUAAGAAAGAAGAAGCAAAAAAGGUUGUUGGUAAACAAUCACACGGAUUUUUCAAAAGAUUGUUUAGGCGUCAUUUAUCUCAGUUGGCAAUUCCCUUAAAUGUGUCAGUAACCACUGGUAAUACUCAUGCAUGCAAUUCUGAAAUUGAAACUAGUGGAACCAAUAAGCCAAAACACCCUUCUACGUCAAACAAUGAGAUUAGAUCUCAACAUUUAGUGUGUGAUUCAGGGACCACAGCUGUUUCACUGUCAGAAGUUUCUGAACCAUCUUUAAAAGGAAAGACUCCAGCAGUUUGUGGAAUUCAUAACCAUGGAAAUACAUGCUUUAUGAAUGCAAUAAUUCAGUGUUUAAAUAAUACUGAUAUGUUUGCAGAAUACUUUGUGAUGAACCAUUACAGGGUAGACUUGUUACGAAGGAAUAAAAUCCAUGCAAAGAAAUAUGGAACAAAAGGUGAAGUUACAGAGCAACUAGUUGUGUUAUUGAAGUCAAUUUGGACUUUUCAGUACCUUCCAGAAAUAUCCAAUGAAUUCAAAACCUAUGUUGCGAAGUAUGGAGCUCAGUAUGAAGGAAGUAACCAGCAUGAUGCUCAAGAGUUUCUAUUGUGGCUCUUGGACAAAGUCCAUGAAGAUCUCAACACUGCAACCAAAAAAAAUAUAAGAAGCCAAAGGUUUAUCUUGCAGGUUAACACAGACUUAAUGUCCUUAAAAUUAGUCUUAAUAAAUGAAUGUCUGAUGACACAGGUUAAGCUUGGUGUCAGUAUGGACAUUCAUGCCACUGUAAAGGAAUUUAGGGAAAAUCUUUCUAAAGACCAUCAGAUUCCCAGUAAUCAG